AUCCUCAGAGCCUGCCGGUCGAAUACGUUUCAGGAGUCCCUGCUGUAGUUCCCAUCUUCCCUUUCGGUCUUCGCGCUCAGCCUAGCAAGGUCGUGAAGAAAGGAGAGUGAGGUGGUACGGCCAUUUCUUCCGCUUUCCGUGUUUGCGUUCCUCGCCGAACUUCCAUCGGAGUGGCAUGUUGGGCCAGAGUAUCCGGAGGUUCACCACCUCCGUGGUCCGUCGCAGCCACUAUGAGGAGGGUCCGGGGAAGAAUUUGCCAUUUUCAGUGGAAAACAAGUGGCGAUUACUGGCUAUGAUGACCGUGUACUUUGGAUCUGGGUUUGCCGCUCCUUUCUUUAUAGUAAGACACCAGCUACUUAAAAAAUAAGGAUAUUUAAUUCAUCCCUUUAACAGAAUGAAGAAAGAAAGUUUAAGAGAUAUGAUCUGAAAAUUGGAUUAAACUCUUGAACUCUUAUACUAGAAAAAAAUGUAAAUAAACUAAUGACAUAAAUAUUUAAUG